GGUGACGGGAGGAAAGACGGGAGAGGUUGCACUAGGAAAGGAGAACAAUCUUUCUUUAUAAUAGAAGUUACUCGUGGUACUGGUUUCGGACUUUUGUUUGUAAUCGUUGCAAGUUGCUGGAUAUACUUGACCGUAAGAAAAAGAAAGUUAGUCAAACUUAAAGAGAAAUUCUUUCAGCAAAAUGGUGGUUUGCUAUUAAAUCAAAAGAUACUGUCAAAUGAAGGUGGGGUAGAAACUCCAAAGAUCUUUACGGAGGAAGAGCUAAGGCUAGCAACCAACAAUUAUGAUGAGAGGCUGAUCCUCGGACAAGGAGGAUAUGGAACCGUGUACAAGGGAACCUUAUCUGAUGAUCGUGUAGUCGCCAUUAAGAAGUCAAAAAUAGUUGAUCAGAGUCAAGUUGUGCAAUUUAUAAAUGAGCUUUUUAUUUUAACUCAGAUUAACCACAGAAACGUUGUUAAGCUCUUGGGUUGUUGUUUAGAGGCUGAGGUUCCCAUGCUUGUUUACGAAUACAUCCCCAACGGCACACUCUUCCAACAAAUCCAUUCUGUCAAACGGAUGGCGCCUUAUGUUUCUUGGGAUAGCCGUUUAAGGAUAGCGUUCGAAACUGCAGGUGCACUUGCUUAUUUACACUCGGCAGCCUCUAUACCCAUCAUUCAUAGAGAUGUUAAGUCUGCCAACAUACUUUUAGACGAAAAUAACACCGCAAAAGUAUCCGACUUCGGAGCGUCAAGGUUGAUACCUCUGGACAAAUCAGCAUUGUCCACAUUAGUUCAAGGAACUUUAGGAUAUCUCGAUCCUGAAUACUUCAACACAAGCCAGCUGACGGAGAAGAGCGAUGUUUAUAGCUUUGGAGUAGUUCUUGUAGAACUCUUGACAUCAAAGAAGCCCAUCUUUUCAGAUGGUUCCGGAGAACAAGGAAAUCUGGCUGCCUAUUUCGGUUCGUCAAUGGAAGAAAAUAAUCUAUCCCAACUUCUUGACGAUUGUGUAUUGAACCAGGGGACGCCAAAACAAGUCCGUGCAGUUGCUGAGCUUGCAAAGAGAUGUCUUAAGCUGAAAGGUGAAGAAAGGCCAUCGAUGCGACAGGUAACAACAGAUUUGGAAUGUAUAAGAGAGAUGCAUAAACAAGCAUGGUCUCCGACAGAUCGCCAUCAAACGAGAGCGAGCGCACUGUUUGAUCCGGAAGACCUCUACACUGUACCAGCAACCGGUCUGAACAAUAUGGUUUGA